AUGAGACCUCCAAAGAAAUUCACCCCACCAAAGUUCACUUCAUAUGAUGGGAAGUCGGACCCGCUGACACAUAUUAGCCACUAUAGACAGAUGAUGUCCCUAUGGAAUCGAGAUGAGGCACUGAUGUGUAAAGUCUUCCCAUCCAGCUUGGGAGAAACCGGACUUCGAUGGUUCGAUCGUCUCCCCGCUGAAUCGAUCCAUGGCUGGAAGCAGCUCUCCGAAGAGUCCCUAGCCAGGUUCGUCUACAACACUAAGAUCCCGAAGGAGCCGGAUACACUGUUCGGCCUCCGAAAAGAGCAGGAGAAAACGCUGCACAAUUAUGCUAGGAGGUAUUGGGAAGAAUACAAUGACCUGGAGGAAAAUGUGUGCAGCGAGCAAAUGGCCGUUAUGUCCUUCAAACAUGGUCUGCGCCCAGAAAGUAAGCUGAGACAAUCACUUACCAAGCUGCCGCCCACAGCUUUAAAAGACUUGCGCGCCAGGAUUGAGCAGUACGCUUGUCUCGAAGACGAUCAGAUCCCCAUCGAGGUAGUGUCAGUAGAACAAACAACUCAGCAUAAGAAGAGAACAGAUCGAGGAGAACACCGAGGGAUUGCAGUAAAUGAGGUGGAUAAGUCCAAAUCCCAUGAAGUCGUUGUGACUAUAUUCAAAGAGCCAAUCUAUCGAAUUCUAGAAAAGAUCAAGAGAGAGUCGUUCUUUGUUUGGCCGCCGAAAAUGUUAGGAGAUCCAGCUCGGCGCAAUCAGAAGCUCAGAUGCACUUACCACCAAGACAAGGGGCACAUGACUCAGAACUGCAGGGCACUGAAGCAACACUUGGAAGACCUAGUGGCAGCUAGACACCUAAGGGAUUACAUUGAUCAGGAUAAAGAAAUGACCGAACCAGGGAACCCACCACCAGAAGCAAACAUUGAGCAUCCACCUCGGCUGAUAAUAAAUGUGAUCCACAGGACAGCGAUUCAGGAAUCUGAGGAGGCACUGAAGGAAGAGAUUGCUAAGGUUGCGCAAAUUCAGCGGGUCAUGUCAGUGGAGCCUGCAUCAAAAAAGAAAGCUUGGUCUCUCCGAGCAGUACCUCACCCCAGGACAGCAAUUAAGGCCCAAGUCUUAGCGGAUUUUGUCGCAGAAUUUGUUCCAACCCAGAGUACCGAACCGAGGAUCCAAGUUCGGCACAGGAGCCAUGCACCACCGAACAAGGAAAGCCCCGCGCUUCGGAAGCCUGGAAACUCUUUAUUGGAAACAUUUGGUAGCUCCAUGUUGAUGGAUCGUCCAAUAACCGAGGCUCAGGGGCAGGAGUAG